GUAAGGAUGUACCAGUAUCAUCACAAAUGAAUCCUUUCUGCCUUUCCAUAACGGUAAACUAAUUGCAAGUUUCAGUCAGCAGAUAUUUCCCUGCCUUUUUGACUCCUCAAGAUGGAUAUUUUUUGAGAUGCAUCCAAGCAGUGUGUGGAAUCCUUUGAUUUGUGUUUGAGGUGUGAACAAUCUUGGAAAGAUUUGCUGAAAGAAUAAGGAGGAACCUCUAUGGGUAAUCCUUGGCUGGAAACAAUUACUGGUCAACCAUGGUAAAACUUGCCAACCCUCUUUAUACGGAGUGGAUUCUUGAAGCUAUACAAAAAGUUAAAAAGCAAAAGCAAAGGCCCUCUGAAGAGAGAAUAUGUCAUGCUGUUUGUGCUUCCCAUGGAUUAGAUAAGAAGACUGUUUCGGAACAGUUGGAACUCAGUGUUCAAGAUGGCUCUAUUCUUAAAGUUACCAACAAAGGCCUUGCAUCCUACAAGGACCCAGAUAAUCCUGGACGGUUUUCAUCUGUUAAACCUGGCACUAUUCCUAAAUCUGUUAAGGGAUCUAGAGGAGCUUGUAGUGAGCUGCGUAAUGUGGAUUGGAAUAAACUCUUGAGAAGAGCAAUUGAAGGACUUCAAGAACCAAAUGGCUCCUCCCUGAAAAACAUAGAGAAGUAUUUGAGAAGUCAAAAUGACCUAGCAAAUAUUUUCAACAAUCCUGCCUUUCAGCAGAGGUUGCGUCUGGGGGCCAAACGUGCUGUGAACAAUGGGAGGUUACUGAAGGAUGGACCUCAGUAUAGAGUGAAUUAUGGCAGCUUGGAGAGCAAGGGAGCUCCAAAAUACUCCAGCACUUUCCCAGCUUCUCUUCCACCUGUCAGCCUUCUACCGCAUGAAAAAGACCAG